AUAAUCGGUAUGUUGUCGUCAAAAAUCCGAUAUUCCACCGUGAACAUAUGUAUCCGAUACGAUUAUUUCAAGAGGACUUCCGAUGUCCUAACUAACGUUGUUGCCUAUCGUUCCUAAGUGAAUACUUCCUGCGGACCCUUGUGGCGCUGCCCGCCUUAAGUCCGUUGGCUUCUUAGGCCUGUUUGCUUCGACCUCAGUCUCACCAGUCCUUUAGAGUCGCAACUUGUUCUCUGGAGACCAAGGUCGCAAAUAUGGCUCGCCAUACCCGCUCGAGUAUUAGGUUAAAGGAGAGUAAUGACGACGUAGCUCCGAGACAGAAAUCGCCUGCGAACAAACAUCGUAGAGCAAGAUACAAGGGCCGCGUUAAAUACGAUCUACCAAAGAAGAAGAAGCAUUGCAGUGCACUUGAUGCCUUUAAGGUGAGACAAUAAUUGCACGUCAAUUCUUUCCACACAGGAGGAAAUAGGACAUCAAGGAGGAUUACUUCUCUCUAACAUUCAUCAGGUCAAGAAAGGAGGUGCUGAUGGAAAGAUUCGGAUGAUACCUGUCGCAAAAGAAGAUGGUAUUCAUGUAAGACAAUCCUUAAUCCUUGUAAUAAUCUUCCAUUUGACUUCAACUUAUUUAUUCUUGCUGUACAGUCGGAGCAAUGGGCUCUUUCGAUCGUUCCACAGCCUGAAUCACUACUGCUAUCCCUACCUUUAGAACUUCGCAGGAAAAUCUAUAUUUCUAUCCUCAAUUGUCCUCAUCAUGAUUGGGCGGUGGAGCCUAAAAAGAAACGAAAUUGUUACGUCAACACUAGAUCGCGAUGUCCUCCAGGCCAGAAAUGUGAAGUAAUCAAAGACCUCAACACCCUAUCUCUACUCAGCAAGCAAAUAUACCUGGAGGUCGUUGGAAGUAGCCUCUUUUACCAAGUCACACCUUUUACCUUUCGAAGUCCCUAUAUGAUGGACUCAUUUCUCAACAAUAUCAGCCCCAUCCACCGAACCGCUCUUCGCAAGCUCCGAGUGGAUAUUCGUCUCCGGUCCUCAUUCGGUCAGCAUCCUGCUAUACCCACUGCUCUCUUCCGUUCUCUGUCUUCCCUCGCUGGCCUCACACAUUUGAAAAUCGCCAUUAGAAUUGACGCUGAUUUAUGUGAUCCGACGAUGAAGCUGGGGCUUCGCACCAAAUACGCGGUCAAGGAAGAAGUGCAGGAGAAGUGGAGAGCCGCCAAAUGGGAUUUGUUGGGAGGAUUGGGGGUGUUGAGCAAGCUUGAGGUUAUGGUUUGGGCUUCUAUUUCGAGGCGUACUAUGACUCCGAACGGGUGGACAUGGUCCUAUGAGGGGGGAUGGCUGGAUAUUGAUAAAAGUAUAUGGGCCCUUUCUUGAAAUGUCUGGAGUUAAGUGGUGCGCCUUGUGGGAAAGGUUUGGUGGUAUACUUGGGAAGGGGCUGUAUUACGUCUGAUUCAUGAGGAAUUAUUUAGUGAGUUCUAUCUACACAAAGUCUAAGAAUUUUCGCAUCUCAUUAGUGGAUAGGUUGUGCGUCCUUUUAUAUGAUUCGUUGAAAAAAGGGUGAGGGUCAUACAUUUCGAUAGCGGGCAUACCAAGCACAAAUACAUCAGGAGUAGAAAUUCAAAACUAUAACCCAAA